UCUCUCUCUGUCAGGAUGGAAACGUUUGGCUAUAGAUUAUUGAUUUUUGUGUUUCUGCUGCCGAUCAACUGUUUACACUCAGUUUACAUCUCUGACAGCUCAGGUCCUCUUUUAGGUUCUCUGAACUUGAACCAGAAUGUGUUGGGGUCAAGAUCCGACUCAGCUCGACGACGGCGCUACAUUGAAGAGGCUGAGCUAUUUAACAUUGAGGUUUUGUUGGCUGUGGACUACUCAGUUCUUCUUUUCCACGGCCGAGACCAUAUCCAGAAAUAUCUUCUGACACUCAUGAACAUAGUCAAUGAGAUCUACCAGGAUCAUUCCCUGGGCGCCAACAUCAACAUUGUUCUGGUCAAAAUCAUCAUGUUGUCUCCAUCAAAGUCCCUUGAGAUGGUCUCUGUGGGGAAUGCCCAGAAAAGUUUGGAGAACGUAUGUGGAUGGUCGUAUCUCCAGCAGAGGGAGCAGAGUCACGCCGAGCAGCACGACCACACCAUCUACCUGACCAGGCAGGAGUUCGGCCCCUCCGGCAUGCAGGGUUAUGCUCCAGUUACAGGGAUGUGUCACCUGCACCGGAGUUGUGUCCUCGUCUUUGAGGACGGUUUUUCCUCGGCCUUCGUAGCUGCACAUGAAACAGGACACGUGUUAGGGAUGGAACAUGACGGCGAGGCAAACGACUGUGCUGACGACGUGCCGUUGGGCAGUAUCAUGUCUCCGCGGGUUCAGGCCACCUUUUAUCGAUACCACUGGUCCAGGUGCAGCUGGAGGGAGCUGCACAAGUACCUGGAUACCUAUGACUGUCUCCGUGACGACCCGUUCCACCACGAUUGGCCGGCUCUGCCUCAGUUGCCAGGGUUUCAGUACUCCAUGGACCAGCAGUGUCGCUUUGACUUUGGACCAGAAUACAGCCUCUGCACCGCGUACCCGACCCAUGAUCCUUGUAAACAGCUGUGGUGCAGCGACUACAACAACCCGUUCUACUGUAAGACCAAGAAAGGCCCCCCGCUCGACGGGACAAAGUGUGGACCGGGGAAGCACUGUUUCAAGGGCUUCUGCAUGAAGUUGACCCCUGAUAUGCUGAGACAAGAUGGCGGCUGGGGUUCAUGGAGUCCGUACGGCAGCUGCUCCAGGACCUGCGGGGGCGGGGUCAGGUUCCGGGCCAGGCGCUGCGACAACCCAAUUCCAGCCAACGGGGGGCGCACCUGCUUCGGAAAUAGUUAUGAGUUCGAACUGUGCAGCCGAGAAGAGUGUCCCCCACUGACGGACUUCAGGGAGGAUCAGUGUAAAGUCUGGAAUCCAUUUUAUGAACAUGAAGGAAAGAAACAUCACUGGCUGCCGUACCAACACCCUGACCCUGACGAACGCUGUCGUCUGUACUGUCAGUCGAAGGAAACGGCGGCGGUGGUUUCCAUGAAGAGAAUGGUGCAUGAUGGGACGCCGUGUUCCUAUAGCGACGGCCACAGCGUCUGCGUCCGAGGAGAGUGUGAGCACGUAGGUUGUGACGGACAGAUUGCUUCAGACCAGCAGGAGGAUCGAUGUGGAGUCUGUGGAGGAGAUAACUCCAGCUGUAAGAUCAUCAAAGGAAACUUCACCCGCAGCACCAAGAAACAAGGUUACCUGAAGAUCCUGGAGAUCCCCAAAGGAGCCCGGCACCUGCUGAUCCAGGAGUUCAAAGGGACUCCUCAUGUCCUGGCCGUGAAGAACCAGGAAACAGGUCACCUCUUCCUCAACGAUGAAGAUGAGCUCCCAGAAUCCCGAGUGGUGAUCGAGAAGGGUGUGAUGUGGGAGUACAGCAACAGUGAGGAGCAGGAUUUCAUCCAGACCACGGGGCCUCUGAAAUACGAAGUCCUCCUCAUGGUUCGUCCCUACAGCGAGUCCAAGGUGACGGUGUCCUAUAAGUACAUCAUCCAGGAUCGUCUCCGAUCCUCGCUGGAGUCCAACCGGGUGACGGAGGACGCCAUCUUCUACGAGUGGGCACUGAAGAAGUGGUCACUCUGUUCCAAACCCUGCGGAGGAGGGAAACAGUACACGAGGUUUGGCUGUCGGAGGAAGGCUGAUGGGAAAAUGGUUCACAGGAUGUUCUGCACCAACAUCAACAAACCGAGAGCUAUUAGCCGCAACUGCAACACCCACGCCUGCAGCUCACCACGCUGGGUGACCGGGGAGUGGCAGGACUGCAGCGCCUCCUGUGGUCAGACAGGAUGGCAGCGUCGCUGGGUGAGCUGCCAGCAGACGUCCAGCAGUGGGCAGCAGCAGCAGCGCUCGGUGAACAGCAAACUCUGCGGCGAGGACCGGCCCCCUGGGAAACAAACCUGCAACCGCUUCCCAUGCCCCGCCACCUGGAGAGCCGGGCCCUGGACUCCGUGUUCGGUAUCAUGUGGAAACGGGACUCAGGAGCGUCAGGUUGUGUGUUCGGGUCCUGAGGGUUCAGCCCGAAACUGCAGCAUGCCUCGACUGAUCACAACCCGCACCUGCAAAGCCCCAUCCUGUAGCGGCGACCAGAAGAACUCCAUCAUUCAGUGGCUGUCCAGGUCCAACUCAAACUUCACAGCGCCAAAGAGCUUCUCCAGGCAGCGUUGCCGUGGUGACCGCUCAGUGUUUUGCCAGAUGGAGGUGUUGACUCGGUACUGUUCCAACGCUGGGUACCGUCAGAUGUGCUGCAAGUCCUGCAGCGAGGGAAACUUCAGCAACUCCGACAACUCGAGCAACUCCAGCGGCACGAAGCCGCCGAACGCCAGUAGCAGUUUGUGGAGUUUAACCACGGACGCGAUGACUUCGCCGUCCACUUCCUCCUGGUCUGACAGCGGCCACAACACCAGUGACAUCAUCAGCACUCCACCAACCAUCUUCACUGUAACUCCGCCCCCCACCCGCAGGAGCAGAACUGACUUUGUGUACGUGGAGUACGACAAUUACGACGAGUAUUCGUCCUACGGUGACCCUUCUAUUCCCUCUGACACUCCGGAUAUCAUUCCAACCACUACUACUACUACUACUACUACAACUACUACUACUACAAGGCGUCCAAGAAAAACUGCUCCACCACAUUUAUUCAAGAGGAAAACUACCUCUCCCAUAAUGCCCCCUGCUACGGUUCCCACAGUAACUACUGAUGGUCCAACGCCGGCACCGUACAGGACGUCUGCCGUCCCAGAGUUCCCCACCACCACAGCAUCAGCUGAUCCUGAUGACAUCAUCACCGCCACAUCACCACCAGAUGUAAUGUCAGGAGGGCGGAGCCUUCUGCCAGAAUCUGAACCUACGCCAACGUUGGCGUCAUUGUCCUCCUCCUUCUUCCCACUCUCUAAGAGGGAGAACAAUUCGGUCGACGAGGUCCCGUACCGGAUCGUGGGAUUGGACGGUGACAUCACCAGGGGACAGCAGAACCAAUUUGUGCCGCGGAUGCCGCCGUUCCGCGAGCGAACACAAAACAGACGCAUCCAGCAGCUUCUGAACGAGAAACGGCGUGAGGAUGUUCUGAGGCGAUCCACCCGGAGCGGAGCGGGCAGGACUGUCAGGAAACACGCCAGCUUAUAAAACAUUGUUCACUCGUGACGCCGCAUGUGCAGCUUGCUCACUUCCUGCUAACGCUAACGAACUCUGAACGAGAAACCGAAGCAGACUGCAGAGCCGACCAGCAGGACGGACGAUUGAUUCUCCACCAGCUGCUCUGGAUUUCCACUUUACAGUCAUGUUUGCCAUAAAGCAACAUCAGCGGUCCUGAAUCCACAGUAAAGUCCAGACUUGAUCCUGAAACUUAUAAGACUAGAAACGUUUGCUUCAUUCUUCUUCCGAAAACUUGUCUUCCAUUAGAGUUGUUCUGGUUUUCACCUGUUGUUUUUCACAUUAAUGACGUUUGUACCAAAUAACCCUGUUUCUAAAUAAAGCAAAGACUCAUCCA